GGUUUGUUGUUGUUAGCCACAUAUGUUUCUAUUUAAUCGUAUAACUUAUCAUCUUUGUUUUAACGAUUAGAAAAUAACUAUACUUUCCAAUGCCUGCAGCCGCAUACCAUUCACAUGUAGCUAUCACAAGUGAAUCAGAUUCUCAUGAUGUAUCGACCAAUAAUUUUAUGUGUUCUUUUCUUAGCAUUUUCAUCGAUUUAUACCAAGGCAUAUGAAGUAAAUGUAACCGAUAAAGUUACAUUCACUAUAGCUAUCGGUAAUGAAACUGCCGGUAAAAUUGUUCUUGGUUUAUUUGGAGAAUUAGCACCUAAAACAGUAGAAAAUUUCGUCACAUUGGCUUCUGAAGAUGGUUAUCAAAGCAAAUCUUAUAAUGGAAGUUUAUUUCAUCGUAUUAUAGCCAAUUUUAUGAUUCAAGGAGGCGAUAUAACUAGUGAAGAUGGAAGCGGAUCGAUAUCGAUUUAUGGUGAAUAUUUUGAUGAUGAAAAUUUCGUUCUCAAUCAUGGCCAACCUGGCCUGAUCAGUAUGGCCAAUGCAGGAAAAAACACAAAUGGUUGUCAAUUUUUCAUCACAUUAGUACCAACACCAUGGUUGGAUGGACAUCAUACCGUGUUUGGCAAAGUUCUUGAUGGAAUGGAUUUUAUUUUUCGAAUCGGUAGUCUACCAACCGAUUCCAAUGAUCGUCCCGUUCAAGACAUUCGAAUAAUUGAUACAAAAACAGAAAAAGUAAAUGUACAGACUACACUUGAAUAGUUGUAUUUUUUUUAUUUUAAUUUGUUAAAAAAAUAUAUCAUUAUUCAUUACUCA